UUUCAACCCUAGUGGGCUUGUUGGCUACGAGGUAGGGGAGUUUUAGUCUGCUUCCAGACUGCGUGAUUACAGGUCCCGUCUUCCUGACACCCCAAACAUGACGAGGGCGUGUUUGUCCCCACGCGCUCAGGCUGCCAAAGGCGUGUCACAGGCUUCUUAGGAGCAACUCGGCCUCCGCCGCCCGCUGCGGGCGGGGACAGGCGGCGGGCGGCUGCGGGCUGCCGUGAGCUGCAAGCCCAGCCAGUGCCCAGGUCUCCUCGGCCGGACGCCCACUCGGGCCAAAACGCAGGAGAGGCAAGAGACCUCCCAGGGUGCGACAGACCAAAAUCCCCCGAACGUGGGACACCGCCUCACACACCUUCGACCCCCAACCUUCGGCGUGGGGACAGUCCUUGGCCCAGGUCUGGGGCGCCUCCUUCCGCUGGGAUUUCUCUCUGAUUCCUCCUGCUGGCUGCAGCUCGGCGACCCCAGGUCACCCCUCCUCACAUCAGCAGCGAUCACACACCCAAAGUCGGGUGUCGCUCCCCGCCCCGCGCGCAGAGGGUCCGGGUGCGGGCGUUUGGGUCAUUUCGAGGUGCGCAGCUGGGCCACCAACUCUGCUCCGUCUGUCGCGGGAGGCGAGCUGCGCCAGUUGCGCGACUGUCUCCAUCGCCGACGACGCUUCAACUCGGCGGCCAGUGACAUUGGGAGGAGACAGCCCGGAGGGAGCAGAGGAGGAGGAAGCGGGGCGCGCAGGGUCGGGGUAGGGACAGUAGCGAUUGCGCCAGGGGGCGUGUGAGCCGCGCGCCAGGCGGCCGCGCCGGUACCAACUUCUUCCGGGCGUGCGCGGCGGGGAGCGCGGCCCGAGCCCGGAGCCGAGCGGAGGGCGGCGGAGCUCGGGAGCCGCGGCCCGCGCCCUGCGCCGCCGCCUGCUGGUCUGCUCCGGGUUCUCGGCCCCCGGUGCUGAGGCUCAGGUCUAUAAAUAGCAGGUUACAGCUCCCGCUCGGCGCGCACACGCUCACGCGCGAACGCAGGAAAGUCAGCCUAAAAGUGUCUGCCGCCGCCGCCGCCCCCUCUCAGCCCCCGGCAGAGAACCCAAAGAAAUGGUGUUACCUGGCAAGAGAUCUGCUGUUCUGCAUGAAAAGUCAGACCAAGAAUCCUGAAACCAGCAAAAUAAUCAUCAAAGAGAAGUGUUGAGGCGUACAACCUAAAUAAGGAUUUCAAAGUGAGAAAUCAGAUCUUUAGUGAGAAGAUACACCUAUAUUAAACCAGAAAUCAGUGGCCGGUGAUACUGAUAAGAGUAAUUAUAAAAUUAAACACCUGUGAAGAUUACAAUGGAAAUCAAAGAGGAAGGAACAUCAGAAGAAGGCCAGCACUUUCUUUCCACAGCCCAGGCCAACGAUAGUGAUGGCACUCAGUUCACAAGUAUUCAGAAGAGUGCAAAUGAACCACAACUGGAAUUCAUUCUUGCCUGCAAGGAUCUUGUGGCUCCUGUCCGUGAUCGGAAACUCAAUACCCUGGUGCAGAUCUCAGUAAUCCACCCCGCAGAGCAGAGCCUGACAAGAUAUUCCAGCACUGAAAUUGUGGAGGGAACAAGAGACCCACUGUUUUUGACCGGUGUCAUAUUCCCAUCAGAGUAUCCCAUCUAUGAGGAGACCAAAAUAAAACUAACGGUCUAUGAUGUCAAGGACAAGGCUCUCGACACGGUUCGAACGAGUGUCCUAUCUGAACAUAAUAAGGAAUCCCCAUCAGAAGUUGGGAGAAGCUUCUUGGGAUAUGCAAGUUUUAAAGUGGGGGAGCUACUGAAGUCCAAGGAGCAGCUGUUAUCCUUGAGCCUGAGGACUUCAGAUGGUGGCAAAGUGGUUGGCACCAUAGAAGUCAUUGUCGUGAAGAUGGGGGAGAUUGAAGAUGGGGAAGCUGACCACAUCACAACAGAUGUACAGGGACAAAAGUGUGCACUGGUAUAUGAAUGUACGGCCCCAGAAAGUGUGAGCGGGAAGGACAACUUAUCUUUUUUGAAUGCAGUGUUAAAGAACCCAGUCUGUAAGUUAUAUAGAUUUCCCACUUCUGACAAUAAGUGGAUGCAAAUCCGGGAGCAGAUGUCCGAGAGCGUUCUUUCUUUCCAUAUUCCUAAGGAACUGAUUUCCCUUCAUAUAAAAGAAGAUUUGUGUCGAAACCAGGAGUUAAAAGAACUUGGUGAACUUUCUCCGCACUGGGACAAUCUAAGGAAAAAUGUCCUGACUCACUGUGAUCAAAUGGUGAACAUGUACCAAGACAUUCUGAGCGAACUUAUCAAGGAGACAGGGUCCUCUUUCAAAUCCAGCAGCAGCAAAGGAGAUAAAACCUUAGAAUUUGUUCCUGUAAAUCUACACCUACAAAGAAUGCAUGUGCAUAGCCCUCACUUGAAAGAUGCUCUGUAUGAUGUCAUCACGGUGGGAGCCCCAGCUGCCCAUUUUCAGGGAUUUAAGAAUGGUGGUCUUCGGAAACUGCUCCACAGAUUUGAAACAGAGAGAAGAAACACUGGAUACCAAUUUAUUUACUAUUCACCUGAAAACACAGCGAAAGCAAAAGAAGUGCUCAGCAACAUCAAUCAACUACAACCUCUUAUAGCAACCCAUGCAGACCUACUGCUGAAUUCAGCAAGCCAGCGUUCUCCAGACAGCUUGAAGAAUUCUUUAAAGAUGCUUUCAGAAAAGACAGAGCUUUUUGUGCAUGCCUUCAAGGAUCAGCUGGUCAGGAGCGCUCUUUUAGCACUCUACACUGCCAGGCCAGGAGGCAUCCUUAAGAAACCGCCCUCUCCUAAGAGCAGCCCAGAAGAGAGCCAUUCGCAGGACCAGCCCCUGCCAAUGAAAAGGCAAGACUCCAUCCCACACCACUCAGACUACGAUGAGGAAGAGUGGGAUAGGGUGUGGGCCAAUGUGGGGAAGAGCCUGAACUGCGUUAUUGCUAUGGUUGAUAAACUGAUUGAGAGGGACAGUGGCAGCGAAGGCAGCAGCUGCGACAAAGAUGGAGAGAAGGACCCUUCGCGAGCAGACUCCAUUACAUCUCACCCAAGGGAAGACUGGUAUGAACAGCUGCAUCCGCUCAUCCUCGCGCUGAAGGAUUGCAUGGGAGAAGUGGUGAGCCGAGCUAAGCAGUCCCUGACGUUCGUGUUGCUGCAGGAGCUCGCCUACAGCUUGCCUCAGUGUCUGAUGUUGACCCUAAGAAGGGACAUUGUCUUCAGCCAAGCGCUUGCUGGAUUGGUUUGUGGUUUCAUCAUCAAACUGCACACAAGUUUGCAUGACCCUGACUUCCUGCAGCAGCUGCACACGGUGGGCUUGAUAGUGCAAUAUGAGGGACUGCUGAGCACGUACAGUGAUGAAAUCGGAAUGCUAGAGGACAUGGCUGUUGGCAUUUCUGAUUUGAAGAAAGUAGCAUUUAAAAUAAUUGAAGCCAAAUCCAAUGAUGUCUUGCCAGUUAUAACAGGAAGACGAGAGCACUACGUGGUGGAGGUCAAAGUUCCAGCCAGAAUGUUCGAGGUGCUCCCUUUGCCUAUCAGAGAAGGACAGUUGCUGCAUGUCUAUCCAGUGCUUUUUAAUGUAGGAAUCAAUGAACAGCAAACCCUUGCUGAGAGGUUUGGUGAUGUUUCUUUGCAAGAAACUAUUAAUCAGGAAAAUUUUGAACUCCUUAAAGAAUAUUACGCAGUAUUUAUGGAAAAGAUGCCUCCUGAUUACAUUUCACAUUUUCAAGAACAAAAUGACUUAAAAGGAUUACUAGAAAAUCUUCAUCAAAAUAUUCAAGCCAAAAAAAGAAAGAAUGUAGAAAUCAUGUGGCUGGCUGCAACGAUUUGUCGCAAACUAAAUGGUAUUCGUUUCACCUGCUGUAAAAGUGCCAAAGACAGGACGUCCAUGUCAGUGACGCUGGAACAGUGCUCGAUCUUGAGGGAUGAACACCAGCUGCACAAGGACUUCUUCAUCCGAGCACUGGACUGUAUGAGAAGGCACGCUGAGCUGUCCUGGGUAGACUCUACGGCCAUAUAGAGAAGGAUGCCGCAUAGAGAAUGUACUGAAGAAUAUCAAAUGCAGAAAGUAUGCUUUCAACAUGCUACAGCUGAUGGCUUUCCCCAAGUACUACAGACCUCCAGAGGGCACUUAUGGAAAAGCUGACACCUAACUUACCAACAUGUAAAUAAACAGGAACAUAAAUAUGUUUUAUUUGGAGAACCCCCACCUCGCUUUUUUGUUUUGUUUUGUUUUUAUUUUCAUUGUUGUAAAUUUGCUCAUGGUUGUUUACCCAAAUAUAGCAACUACUUGAUAUUUUACAUCAUAUUAUUCACAAAGAAAUUCAUUUUUGAAAUCUUAUAAAGCAUUGUCAUUUCUAGUUCUGCUCCAAUGUGCUCAAUAACUCCAUGGUAGCAAGUGUACAUACCAUCUGUGGAAUAUUUAGAUUAAACUCUUUCUGAGAAAACAUGAUUAGAAAUGAUGCUUUCUCUACAGAAUGAAGCAAGAAGAGAGUGAAGUUCAGAUGACGCUACUUCUUGGCCUUGAUUACAGAUCAUCGUAGAGCCUUUUGUAGGGAAUUUGUAAGAUAUUUAUUUAGCAAAUUGAAAUUAGGUAAAAUUCACUCGUGACAUUGGCUUUGGAAGUAGUGUGCAAAUAUGCUUGUAAAGACCUUUGUUGUUCAGUCCAGAUGUGACUCCACCUCCCAAAGAGACAGAUAGACAAUGUUCCCACAGACUUCAAAACCGUGGUAUCUUUUUAACUCUCCAUCUGCGACUGUACUGCAAGGGGCAGUGCAGAAAGUUCUAUAGUAUAAUAUGCAAAACGCUGUGAGGGACUCAAUCUACACGGAAAUGUAAGAUGCACAGUGUGUUCCUGACCAAAACCAGAAGCUCCAUCACUUGAACUUUGUGUAGUGAAGUUCAUGGAAGUCAAAAAAUCUCUUUUAAGAUAUUUUCUGGCAGUUCCUUUGUUGUGGAAGUAUGCAGUCUAGCCCAGGUUAGGAUGUACAAAUAAAUCUUUGAUAUAUGCAACUGUAUCUACCAAUAACACAGUAAUUUUCUGUUUGCCUGAAUUUUAAAUUUACCUCACUCAGUAAAAUAAUACCACUUCUAAAAUUCUGAAUCAGUAGCUUUUUUAGAGGUCAUCCUGAUCAGUGUCAUUCUUCCAAAAGUCGAUAGAUGAAGACCGAUCACCUGAUUAGAAAACUGUAGCAUCCUUUCAAUCUCUUCUUAUCUUCUGACUCUUCUUACCAUAGUAAGAAGAAGGCUUGUCCCCUCUCCAAGGUGCUAUGUUGGCUAUGUAUGAAAAUUAAGGGAGAAAACUAGUUAGCUGAAUAAGAAAUUAGGAUUUAUCACCGGAAUUGAAGGUUAGAGUACAGGAGUCUGAACGCAUGAGACCCAUUUUCCCCAAAUGUUAAGAACUUACUCUUCUUCCUUUUUCAUCAGUGGAGCAUGCCUUCCAGAAGAGAACUCUUCUUUAGAAGUGCCAGAGGCUCAUUACAUAGGUAUCAUGCCACAUUUAAUUGAUGAUACUGUGAAACUUUCCACAGCAAAUAUGAUAGUUCCUUGCCUAGAUGCCUGUUGUAAUAUGAAUUUCAAACAGGUCUCUGGACGCAUGUUGACUUUCUCAAACUGCUGCAAUUGUAAGAUAAGCUUUUGUGCCUUCUCACACUAGAAUUACCAAUUGAUUAUUUUAACUAAUGACCAAUGUGUAUUAUUGAAGCAAUUGCCAAACCAAUUACAGCCUUUUUAAUAAAAACGGGCUGUACAUUCAAGAUCUAUCUAUGGAAAAAUUUUUCUUGCUGUUUUUUGCUUUACCUCAUUCUUCAUUUCAGUGAUUAAAUGUAAGCCUCAAAUUGUUUGAUUUUAUUUCAAAAUGGUAGAAUUUGUGGUUAUAUUAAUUAUCCCUUUAGAUUUAUGAUAGGCUGGAUUUAUGACAGAAGUUAUAAGGCUUCAUGUAAUAUAUCAGAUGGUAGCCUCAAAUGCAAGAGAUCUCAAGUGAUUUAUCAAUGUAUAAAUAUUUCAUCAGCAAUAAUUUUUGUUUAUAUUUUUAAAAGCAAGACUUCCUAACUCAAAUUUAGAAAAAUUAAUUAUUAGCAAGGAAAUUGAUAACAGUAAGGUUUCCUUUUUUUAGAAGACAUUUUAUAGAUUCAUUUUUCUUUUAAAAUAAAUACUAACACAGAAGCCUCAAAGGAUAAGGCUUACUGAACUGUAAAUUCAUAUGAAAUUCUCAUUCAUUUUGAACAUAAUCACCAGCACUCCUUCAUAACAAUUCUAUAUUUGCUCAUGCCUCUCAAAGUAGAUUUCAUGAAGAAAAUUCAUGUUUCAUAAACAUCAUUAUUCUCUUCCUGAGAUACAGUCCAAAUAUCCUUGCCUCACCUCUCCAGUAUUUCUGAUUAUAAACUCUUUCUGAAUCAAAUGUUAAAUAUGCUUUUAAAUCUCUCUUAUAUAAAUACUGCCACAAUCAUACUUUUCUAUCUACAUUUGCUUUUAAAAGGUGUAUAGGCCUAUUUGAGGAGAUCAUGUUGAGCCAAAAAAUGAACCAAGAAAAUGACAAUUCCACAUAGCAUAUUUAUUUCAUUUUGUGAACUCAAAUAUGUGUCUUCCUUUUACUAGCACUGUAUGUAGGUACCAAUUCUGCCUUUACAGAGCCCUAGGGAGGAAGAUAUUGAAGAACAGUAAAUGUUGUGACCCUGAUUAUAAUUGACCCAGUGACAAAAGUCCAGUUCCUGGGAAAUGUCCCACAAACAGUUACCCAUAGAAUUUUGAAAAGUUCAAUUGAAGCAGAUCCAUUCUUAGGUGCCAUUUUUUUAUUUACAUCUUUCAUUCAUUUUUUCAUAUGGAGGGUCUAUAGUCUCCAGCUUUAUCUACAUGCUGCCACAAGUUUUUGAUGCAAAUUGUUCAGUCAGUUCCGUAAUCCAGUGUAUCAUGGAAAGCAUUUGAUUGAGGUGAUUAAAGAUACUUUAAAAUGAUCCCCCAUCCUCUUAGGACAGCAAUCCAAGUCAUUAACUUCCAAUCAUUUAUUUGUAAAACAAAUGCCUCUUCUGAAAAACUGUGAAGCUUUAAAAGCUAUCAUUGGCUAGAGAAUACUGCCUAAUUACCCCUGCGUACAAUAAGCCAGUUGGAAAAAGAAAAAAGAAAUGUUUGUGUAGAGUCAUGCUUUCCUUCCCAAGAAAACCAAGCCAUCCCUGUGUAAAGGCUGAUACUGGGUGAAGAAAAUGUCUGCAGUGUUGCGACAGAGCUUGUCUUGUUGACUCAUGAAAGUCGAUCAUUAAAUUUUCAGAAGUUUUGCUAGCUCCUGUUACACACAAACAUGAUCAAAUAUUAAAUUAUGAAAUAUAACCAGAUGGAUUUUAUGAAAAGUUAAGAUAAUAGUCAGAGAUUACCCAUCCUAAUCACUUUACUAAGGUUUAAAUUUUACCCAUGUCCUUGAGUGUAGUUGGGUCUGUUGCAGCUUUAACAUAUAUCAUGUAUGUUACAUGAGUGCUACUGUAGAGAUCUGCCCAUUUCCUCACUCAGGAAUAUCACACCAUAGCUUGAAAUCAGUAACCGUUAGAAUAUUUAUUCUAACGCAUAUUUUGCAAACUACCACAUAUACUUCCUAGAAUCCAAUCAUUACCAACUACUAGCAUAUGGCCAAAUUCCACCAUCAUAUUUCCUCCCCAAAUUAACAAAUUACUGGAAGCAAGAUUAUUAAAAUCAUUUCAAAUACAAUCAGCCAUUUUCUAAUGGCUCUAGAUUUUAUUUGUGUUUCUGCUAUCUUAUGAACUUCUGGUAGGUAUCAGGCAUAUUUGAUAUUUAAUAUUUCAUUCAUAAUUAAAUUAUUAUAGUAUAGUGAUUAAUUUAUAAACCUGUCUUCAUGACAUACUGCAAGAAGGCUCUUUAGCAAUGCAGUUUUAGUAUAAGCAAUAACACAGAACUAAAUUCAGGGAAACAUUAACCUAAUCAGUGUACGACUGAAAAUGUGCUUCAGUAUCAAUUUUGAAGCUUAUAAUUUUGGCAUUUUCUAAAUGUAGGAAGAAUGUAACAUAUUACUCAGCUCAGAUUCUAAUAAAUAUAGCUCAAUAGAAAAACACCACAGAUGUGACACGUGUUUGGUUUUCAAGCAGGGUAAUGUAUCAUUUUAGUUCAUUAUACAGGACACAUUUUGUAAUCGCUUAGGAAAUAAAUUAACUUUCACCAGAGAUUUUAAAAAACUGGUUUGAGAAAAAUUGUGAUCAGCAUUUAGAGAAGGAAGCAAACAUACUGAGUACAAAACAUUGCUAACAGCCAUAAGCUUUACAAAUUAUGCACACUGAAAAGAAUAAUUUGCUAAGAAUUUGUGUAGCUGAUUUAACAAGUUUAGCAUAAAUUCACAUUCCUAUAGCCCAGCUGCAAGCUGUAGAAGCUACUGCCUUUUACCCCCAAAUUUAUGUUUCACAGUUUUAUAAGUACCCGAUACAUUGCAUCUUUUGUGUCUCCAGCAGUUUGAAGUCAGAACUUUACAAUGAAAGAUAUACUGCUUAUAGUGAAACUUCUUUGAAAUUUUCAAAAUAAAAUAAUAUUUUAGAUAAAAUACAGAAGGCCAAUUAGAUAAAGACUUGAGGGUCAGAAAUUUGCAUUUUUUGUUUCCCAUGGUACACACUGAUUGCUUUUUAAUUUUUUUUUUAAGUUAGGAAGGGAAUGCCUACAGCAGUUCUAAUUUAUAGGAAAAUAUUAUGCUUCACUAUUAGUAACAAAAAGAAAGAAAACAUUUGUAAGAUAAUAUUAACACCAAAAGUUACAUGCAAUCAGGCUUGCUGAGUUUAAGUUGUACUUCAAACACAUUUAGAAUUUUCAAUUACAAAAGAAAAAUAGCUGAUAAAUGAAGUACCCCAAAGGCAUGAAUAUCAAGGAAAAGAUGAAGUGAUCUUCGCAAUAAACUUUAUUUAAUAGUAUAUAUACAAGUAAAAUACAUACUUUUAAUAAAUGCAAUUAUUUAGGAAGAAGAUGUUGCCUCUUCACACUCAUGAUAUGACUGUCUUAAAAAUAUUCCUAAAAUCAUCGAAAUUAUUUCCAGGUCAUAAAAAGGCAUGAUUCAACAAUCCAUCUUUAAUGAUGAUCUGAUGUGGUGUCAUUUAUUUGUGAGCAUUAGUAAUUAAAAUUUUUCCAGGAUUGCUAUAUUAUUUAUAUAGUUCAUGAGAUGCUUUUAUAUUUUUAUAUCACUCUCAACAUUAGGAACUAUUUCAUGUUGAAGAUAUUUCAUAUUUUCAAAAGCUAGUACCUAUGCCAAUAUCCAUAUGGACACAUUUCACUGCACAUGUACAAACCUUUAUAUAAAUUCCUUCUUAUGUAAAUAUUUUAUUAUUCCAUUAAACCUAACAUUGUAUUUUCAGAUUUUUGUGGUACUCAUCUGAAAGCUUGACAUUUUUUAUUUUAUGUUAUAUAUUCUGGAUUAACCAAUAAAAUGUAUUCCCAGUAAAUGAGCCGCAGAUAGAUUAAAUUGUUAGCACUUGAAAAAAUAUCAUUUUUGUUUUAUUGUUCUGUGUAAACCAUAUUCAUUGUACACUGUGUGUAUAUUUUUCUUUAAAUAAAUAUGAUUUUAUUUUUUA